UCUUAGGUAAGCUGUACUCUUUUUAGUAGCCUGAAUUACACGUACUUUGAUUUACAGUCAAGAUGAAUUACUUCGCUCCCAUUGUUUUGCUGUCUAUAGUUUACUUUGCAGGUGCCUAUCCUGAGGUAUCAUCGGGCCCACAGAAGAAUACCAAACAGGAAAUGCAGUACAAGAAUAGUUGCAUUACUGAAUCUAAAAUUAACAAAACCUUGGUCGAACGUGUUGAAAAAGGGGAGAUGGAAGCGGAGAUGUUCGAAGAUGAAAAACUUAAUUGCUAUUAUUCCUGCUUUUUUAAGAAAACUGGUGUCAUGAAGCCUAAUGGGACCAUUGAUGAAAAAGUCUUGUUCUCUUCAAUACCACCUAACGUACCUAAGGAAAUAAUUGACAAAGCCACAAAGUGCAUACCUCAAGUUUCAGUUGAAACAAACCAUUGCGAGAUAGUUGGAAACUUUCUUGGUUACUUGAUGAAGAUCGAAUCAUUCCUGGAUAAAUUCCUGAAUUGA